AUGGCCAGUACAAAUGUCGGAAGUAUAGUUGUGGUUGAGUAUGCACGGCCAGUUAUUUCCAUUGAUGGUACAUUUCUUAAGGGAAAGUAUAAUGGGAAAUUGCUGGUCGCGGUGGGAGUCGACUCUAAUAACCACCAAUAUCCCAUAUGCUUCGCCCUUGUUGAUGAGGAAACAACUGAAAAUUGGCCUUGGUUUCUACGUCUUUUACGUAGACAUGUAUGCCGAGAUAGAUUGGGGGUUUGUAUUAUAUCUGACCGUGCGACGGGGAUCCUUGCUGCAAUGAAUGACGAAGCGAGUGGUUUUACCCCGCCGAUGGGCUAUCACAGAUUCUGCCUCCAUCAUGUUAGGAGCAACUUCUCCAAGGCAUUCCCGGGAAAGGAGCUUAAAAUGUACAUGUGGCUAGCCGGCAAUACGCCACAGAUUAGGAAAUAUGAUGCCUACAUGAAGAAGAUUGGAGAGCUUUCGCCUCAAGGCUUGAGGUGGUUGCUAGGGAUAAGUCCAGCCCUCUGGACUAUUUGUCAUGACACAGGCCACGCUCGUUUCGGCCAAGCUACCACAAACAUCAUGGAGAGCUUUAAUGGUAACGUGCGCGUGGCUCGGCACCUACCUGUGACCGCAAUGAUUGAAUUCAUGUUUUAUAAAACUGUUAGGACGGUCAAUAAGGAGAGGAACGCAGUGCUUGAGGGCAUUGGGGAGGGUCAUGAACUUUGUCUAAGGACGAGAAAUAAGUUGGAGAAGAUUGCAGCCAAAGCUAACACACACCGGGUCGAGACAUUUAAUAGAGGAACCGGUUUGUUCUCCGUAAAGACGCAAAGGUACAUGGUAAAAGGGUGCAAUAAGGGCGGGAACACGCAGGUGGUUGACAUAACUCAGCGUACAUGCACUUGCGGGAAAUGGGCUUGCCACCGCCUGCCGUGUUCACAUUUGGUUGCUGCUUGCAACCACAAUCACUUAAACUGGAAACAGUGGAUUGGCCCCUUCCACUACAACUCUACUUUGUUGAAAUUGUGGGAGCCAAUGAUAUAUCCAUUACCAGCAACUGGGUAUUGGGAUAUUGAUUUGCCAGUGCAAUGGAGAAUGUUUGGAACUGUGGUACCGAACGAAGCCUUGCGAAAGAGAAGGCGUAAACGAGGAGAAAGGGGUCAAUCCGUCAGAAUACGCACGGAAAUGGACAGUUCCCGUACAAGUCACAAAUGUGGCCGCUGCAAGCAAGAAGGACACACUAGACGUAGUAGAAGGUGUCCAUUGUACAAUGUUGACCCUACUGCAAAUAGCUGUUAUUAUUUCAAAUGGAUUGAUGAUGAGCCUUUGGAGGAUGAUGCUAUAAUUACUCGAUUGAAUGAUGAGCGUCUACAUCUGCAGGACACUCUUCACGCUUGUGAGACAAGGGUGCAAGAACUCGAGAAUGCAAUUAUCCUGGAGAGAAGCAGGAAAAUGCAUAAGGCAUUGACUUCCGUAGUAGGAUUACUUCGUUUAAUGAUCGCAUUGGUUGUGGCUUUUCUCGCGAUUUAA